CAAACGUCAAAAUUAUUUCGCAAAAUGUUUGCGUUCACCUUAAAAAAACUGACACGCGUUGUGGGAAUAGUACCAUCCUUUCUUUCAUAAGCAAUACCGCUGUAGUACCAUCCCUUUCCGUGGGACUGAAUAGGAGUUUUAUAGAAAUCUAUGUUUACGCAGCAUGAAACAUGCGCGCCGCGCCGUCCCGCUACAAGCUAGUUAAAAAUCAAUACAAAUUGGUAUUUGGUUCGGCGCAAACAGUAUUUAUAAGUUCGGCCAUUUGUCAAAUAUAAAUAAGUAAAUUGAGAUAUGGCGCCGAAAUUAAAAUUUGCGGAAGGCGAAAAAGUGUUGUGCUUCCACGGGCCGCUGAUUUACGAGGCAAAAUGUCUCAAAAGUUCUGUUACAAAAGAUAAACACGUUCGUUAUCUCAUACAUUACGCUGGAUGGAACAAGAAUUGGGAUGAAUGGGUGCCAGAGAGCCGUGUGCUGAAGUUCAACGAGGCUAAUGUCCAGCGACAGAAAGAGGUGCAGAGGGCUCAUUCGGCUCAGCCAGCAAAGACUAAGAAAAGUAAGCUUUCACCAGCUCCAGCCAAAGGCCGCAGGUCUGAAGCGGCGGCGAGUGCCACCCCAGCCAGGGAAGAGUCACGAGCUUCCACUCCGGCAGGUAAAGACACUGAGAGUGCACUGAUACCGGCAAAGGCAGCUAAAACACAUAGCAAGGACACUCCUGGCGAUUCUGGAUCUGAUCAACCCAAAAAAAAGCGCGGACGUUUGGACCUAUCCAUCGAAUCGGAAGAACAAUACCUGGCAAAAGUCGAAGUAAAGAUCAAAAUACCCGAAGAACUAAAAGUAUGGCUCGUCGACGACUGGGACGUGAUCACGAGGCAACAGAAACUGGCCUUACUGCCAGCGAAACUCACAGUCGGCCAAAUAGUAGACAACUAUUUAGCACAAAAAUCCAGCAAAUCUCACAACCAAGCUAAAGAAUCGGUGCUCGUCGACAUAACAGAGGGUAUAAAAGAAUAUUUCAACGCCACAUUGGGGUCACAGCUUCUAUACAAGUUCGAGAGGCCGCAAUACAGUGAGAUUUUGCAAGAGUACCCUGACACGCCGAUGUCACAAAUUUACGGUUCGAUACAUUUACUCCGAUUGUUUGCCAAAAUGGGUCCAAUGUUGGCGUACACAGCUUUGGACGAAAAAUCUUUACAGCAUGUUUUAUCUCAUAUUCAAGAUUUCCUUAAAUACAUGGUGACGAAUCGGUCGACGCUCUUCAAUCUGCAGGACUAUGGUAACGCGACGCCCGAAUACCACCGAAAAGUACAGUAGUUUAGACUUAUGAUCUUUGUGUUUAAAUAAAUGUUGUGGAUAUUUCCAUCUUUUUAUUGAGUACCUAUUUAUUAUAAUAAAUAGAGUAUAAUUUAUGGCGAUAAGGCGGCCAAGAAAGUGCAGUAAUUUAGAUUAUAUUCCUGUGAUUAAAUAAAUAUGCAUAUC